AUGCGCACCACCGUCGCCGCCGUCCUGUGUGUAACAAUAUUCGGGUCGCCACCCGCCGCCGUUGCAGCACCCGCGACGAUCGCAAUCGAUAAAUAUUCGUCGAUCGCUGGCCCGAUCUUUCGGACUCAACCAGCAUCGAAACCUGAGCCCCGUCAAUUUGAAACCCCGACUUCUAUCGUCGAAACUGACUGCGAUACGACAAACCUUCCACAGCAGUUGCAGCAGAGUACACAGUUACCCGAUGACGUGAACCUCAUCCCGCAGCAGAAGAUACAGCCUUCGUGUACGAACGAGACAGCAACAGCUGAUACCGCGUCGUACACCCAAUAUAACGACGAAGAUGGCGAAGAUGACAAAGACAUUGAAAACGACUACAUUCUGUUUUUCUGUUGGAUACCGAUAAUUUUUUUACUAAUGUUAGUAUUAUUAGUGUAUUCGAAUCUUCGAUCUUUUUGUAUAUCACGAAUGAAAAAAGAUUCUGGGGAAACACUAUGUUUGCAAUCAAGCAGCUCUCGAUAUAAUGUUAUACAAUAAUUUUAAAAAAAAAUUCUGCGAAAACAAAUAACAGCAUCAGUGUGCUUACUGUUUAUAAGCGAUUGAAUUCCAUCAUGGAGAUGAAAUAAAAACGAUUACACUCGCCGUAUAAAACAAUAUUGUAAUUCGAACGAUUGGUUGUCAAUGUUAUCUGGA